AUGUGCUAUUUAUCAGAGAAUAGUGAUCAAGAAAAUGAACUCAUGAUUGGCCUCGUGGAAAUUGUUAAAUCUCUUGAUAUUAAAAAUCUCGUAAUAUUUCUUCCAACUGAAAAUUCCACCUAUGACAUCGAUAAAUUCAUCAUGAGAGUGCACGAGAGGCAGCUACAGUCAGUUAUUUUCUUCAAUCCCGAUGAUUAUUACAAUCACAUUGCCCAGUGUAAGAGUGAUUCUGUUGAAACCACGAGCCUGAUAUUCUCUGAACCUCGAGAAAUUGUGCGAGAAAUACAAGAACGUAUUCUGGAUCACCGAUUAAAUCUCUUCAUGUUCUACUGGGGUUCACAUGGCCUUCCGAAGAGGGGGCAACUCUGUCUUAAAGAACCUAUGAAAGUGGUCAUUUUGACUACACCCCGACAAAAUGUUCUAAGAAUCUACUAUAAUCAAGCUACACCGGAUGGAAAUGGAACUUUGACUUUAGUAAAUUGGUAUGAUGGAAAUAGUUUGGGUCUCUUUAAAGUACCUGUCCUACCUAGUCCAUCUCAAGUCUAUCAAAAUUUCCGCGAAAGAGUCUUUUACAUCCCUGUUAUUCAUUCCCCUCCUUGGCAUUUUGUUAUCUACCGCAAUGAAUCGUCAGACAAUGAAACCUUCCCAAUGGAGGAAUAUGAUGAUAUGGACAUCUCUUUCAAAGUGAUCGGAGGCAGGGAUGAUAGUCUCCUACAGUUACUGGCUAAGAAAAUGAACUUCAAGUAUGAGUACAUGGAUCCACCAGAAAGGACUCAAGGUUCAGCCUUUGGUUCAAAUGACAACCUGUCGUUCUCUGGAGGACUAGGACUGUUGCAGCGCAGGGAAGCUAAUCUCUUGCUAGGAGACAUUGCAAUAACUAGUGAAAGGAGUAAGGCUGUGGAAUUCUCCUUCUUCACUCUGGUAGAUUCUGGGGCUUUUGUGACCCAUGCUCCACGACGCUUAAGUGAAGCCCUGGCUCUUGUGAGACCCUUUCGUUUGAAUGUCUGGCCAGCACUCAUAAUCACGGUCAUUGUGUCAGGUCCAGUACUGUAUCUUGUGAUCAUAAUGCCUCAGUGGUGGAGGAAGUCCUCACAAAAGGAAAAAGAAAAUAGGGAUUCUUUUCAUCAUAUUGACUACAUUGAGGAAAUGAAUUACGGAGUACCACGUCGAAGGAUUCAGGCAAUGAAAUUCACAAAAAGAAAAGAAUUGCCUCAAAACUUGCUUGGAAGGCAAUUCCUUGUCGAUAGAUGCGUGUGGUUCACAAUUAAUUUGUUCCUCAAACAAAGUGCCUGUUUGCCCUAUGGAGGAAAUCGCGCUCGAUUUGUCUCAUCCAUCCUCUGGCUCUCUGCAACCUACAUUCUGGGGGAUUUCUAUUCAGCACAACUCACAUCACAAUUAGCACGUCCUGCCCGGGAGGCUCCGAUAAAUGAUUUGUAUCGAUUAGAAGCGGCAAUGAAAUGGAAAGGGUAUGAAUUGUACGUUGAGAGACAAAGUGCUUCGUUGGCGAUUUUGGAGAAUGGCACAGAGAUAUUUCAUCGGCUCCAUUUGAUGAUGAUGGCACAGAAUCGCAAGUCCAAUGAAUCAUACUUGAUAUCCUCCAUCGAGGAGGGAGUGCACAUGGUGAUGAUGGGCGACAGGAAGGUGGUUCUAGGUGGACGGGAAACACUCUUCUUCAACAUCAAGCGCUAUGGCAUGAAGAAAUUUCAAUUGAGCGAGAAACUCUACACAAGAUACUCCGCUGUAGCAGUUCCCAAUGGAUGUCCCUUUCUGGACAGCCUUAAUAAAGUAAUAAUGCAUCUCUUCGAGGGUGGAAUUUUAGACAGAAUGACCAAUGAGGAAUAUGAAAAAAUGUUUAACUCCAUCAAAUUUAAAACACCCAAAGAAGAGGUGGAUAAAGCAACAAAGAAAUCCAAUAAGGAAGUUCCUCAGGAAGAACACCUUCUAAAACCUGUUAGCUUGAAAUUACUUCAGGGAGCCUUCUACACCCUCUUAAUUGGAUACAUUCUAUCAGGAAUUGUACUACUUCUGGAGUGUGAGUGGAAAAAGCCCAGGAGGAAUUGCACAAAGGCAGUUGCAAGGCGCAUGAUUAGUGUUUGCAUUUAUAUGAAAAUUAUAAUUGCCAAAUGCUUUUCAUUCAUAGCAGAGGAGAUUUAUGAUUGUUUUAAAGACGAUGAAGAUGAUGAGUAA